AUGGAACCAACAGUUGUGUCUGGCCCUCUGGGGCACACACAGUGGGAGUCAGAACAGCCAUUUCCUCUUGGAUUUAACAGGCUGGAUAGUUCAGACAAUGGAGAUGUGCUCUGCCCAAACAAGAGUGGUCAGGCAGGUUUGGAUUUCCGAGAUGAUGUCCAGGAUCAGACAUCUAAGCCAAAUGAAGAAGAGAAGCCACUGGAGUUGGACAACCUGAUAAAUAUCGCAGAUUUUUCUUGUGGAGCUUUUCAGUUGGAUGGAGAGAAGUCCAUUAUUUCACAAACCUCUCUCCACGGUGCACAUUUAGAGGAGUUUUCCUUUACAGAUAAAACUACUGGACCCACUGAAACUUUAAAAUGGCUUUUUUCUCCUAAUCUCACAAAUGUAGUUGGAGAAACUUCUAAGGAACAGAGUCUUACACAUGAAGAUCUGGUUCCCCCAUCAAAGACUUCCAGCAUAAACAAGGGGGAUCCUCUUUUGUUGGUAGACCUUUUCUCUAAUGAAUUCUCCUGUCCCCCCUUAGAGUCCUCAGGUGAGUUGAACCCACGGGGUGUCAGUGAAGAGCUGAUAGACCUGUUACAAGAGGAGCAGGCAGGUCCCCCUCCCUUGCAGAGCAGAGAGACUUUGUCACCUGAAACUGGAGACAAAGGUUUAUGCCCUGAUCAAGUGACUGAUCUGCCUGUAGCCUGUAGCACCACUCUGCAAGAUUUACCAGAGAACUCCCCCCCUCAUGACCACAUCAGCACGUUACAGGAGUCUUUACAGGGAUCUGUGCCUUUGUUGGAUUUAGAGGUGCCAGAUUGUGAAAGCAGUCUGAGCCUUUGCCCCGUCAGUCCUCCCUCUGUUGUCUGCACAGGUGAGCCUUUAAGUUUUUCAACUGAGGAGUUACAGGUGGAACAUAAGGAAACUACUGAAAUUAGAGAUCUGACUUCAGAGCAGCCAGGUGAGAAUGACUCAUCUACGAAAAGUUCAUCAGGUGAAGAUUCAACACUCACUGUGCCUUGGGCUGAAGAUGCCUUCACACAAGGUGAUUUCAAAGGUGAGAGUUUAUUGGUGAAAAAUGAGUCCGAGGAUUUGAUGGAGGACAAGAUUUGUACUCAGGGGAAUGAGGCAAUGGCUUUGGAUCUGUGCUUAACUGCUGAUGAGGUUCACAAUAAGGAAACCUUGGACUUGAAACCCCAGGAGGGGGUACAGGAGGAGAGCAUUCCUGGUCUUACACCAGAGCCAAAAGAACAGGAACGGUCAACGGACACCAACAACCUGGAAGGACAAGACUACUGUGGUGUGGCUUCUUUGGAUUUUCCAGAUCAGGACUUGCACACUCCAUCUUCAGAGCCAGAAUGGACUAGAGAACAAACCAUGGAGACAAUUUCCCUCUCUAAGAUGGGGGGAGAUGACUCACUGCCAAUGGUCUCAGCGGUGAACUCGAGGGAGGAAGAUGCCUCUCCGCUUAAAGCUGUGUUCGAUGCUUUAGACCAAGAUGGAGAUGGAUUUGUACGAAUUGAGGAGUUUAUGGAGUUUGCUGCUGCCUACGGUGCCGAUCAGGUGAGAUGCCUCACUUUGCUUUUUUAUUGCCCCGUUUCAGACUUCUUGAAAAUGCAUGCUCUAUGUAUAACUAUAUAAAGCUCCAUAAAUCUGAAUGAUUUAUUAUUGAUUUUCUGCUGAACCUCUGAGAGCUUCCCUGCAAAAAAACUACUUUAUUCAAUCAGCUGGGAUCCAUCCGGCUGACAGCACUUAGCUACUUCUAAGUCUGGUCGUUUAGGAUAUCAUUUGAAACUCAUUAGUGUUAAAGGAAACGUAGCUGCUGGACUGCUGGAUCGAAUGUGUCUCCUACCAAGCUGCUCCAAACAUUGAGUACAGUGGAAUUGGCUAAUUCCCCAACAUAUUAAAACUAUGCUGGGAUUAGUUAGUCGCCUGCAAUUGGUGAGUGUGCUUGAGCCGGGAUUUGGAGAUAAGUCUGUGUAGCAUAUUGGCUGUAAUGAAUUCUGUCAGGCCUGGCAGUCCUCCAUAUGUCAAACGACAAACACGCAUCCUCAUCAUUUGCAUAUCCCGUGGUUUAGGGAUAAUCUCCUGUGAAAUGGCUCAUGCGUCUGUCUCACUCCACCCAUGACCCCCACCCAUUUGUUGCACCUCUAGCUGCAGGCUCUGCACAUUUUGUGACAGUCCUCAACAUUACGAGCAAGAAAUUGAUGUGAAUAGCUCAUAAAAAUGACUCAAAUUGGUUAAAGUUUAAUCAAUAGUCUUGCGAAUCAGCAAUGUUAAGGCCUAAAUGAGCAGUGGCAGACAAGUUUGUUUCCUAGCAGCCCAUUAUAAUUUGUCAAUCCUUUUCUCUUGAGAGAACUUUCUCAUUUAACAGCUUCAUCCACACGAUUCUCAGGUUCAGUGCUUUCUUACGCUUAAGGUUUUGGUUCUCUCAGAGUUUGGUCUCAAGAGUGAAUAUGACAUCAGUUUCAUUUCCUGUCAGAUGUGCUUGUCUGUUGGCUCUCCUUCAUAAUGUUUACAAGUAUCAAAUUGAGCUUCAGUGAGUGAUCGCACCGUUUGCAAAUAAUUGUAAAAGGGUGGAUACAAACCAUGAUGUAACUUAAUUAGAACAGUAUUAGAAGUUUGCUGUGAAAUGCACCCCUAUGAGCAAGCAUGAGAUAUCUUUCAACUCAUAUACUGGUCAGUAUUCAUUUUUAUGAUAUUGUUAUGGACAGUAGGGGUGGAAGAAAAAAUUUAUACAGCAUAGUAUCAUCUGUCUCAAUCUGUUGGUCCUCAGCAUACACACAGAGUGAUGCUGUUUUACUAAUGCUAUCUAAUCCCUCUGCGCCCACUUCAAAGUGCCUCUAUUGCCCCCAAUCUGUCCUCUGUAAGGCUGUUAGUAUCUGUGGAUCCCCAGGCAGGGAACAGUGCAGGAUUAAGAGUAAAAUGCAUUGUCCUGAGUCAGAGGGACUCCAAUGAGUUAGGGGCCUCCCGUCAACGGCCCAUGACCUUGUGUUUGAAGACAGAAAGUUGCCCCGAUAGUCUAAUUCAAAUCAUAUUGUCACCUGCUGCUUUACAAGGUCGAGCUAAAGGUGACACAUUUACAUGACACUGAAAGUGAAUUUAUCUUAAAGGUGUGGUCUGUUUAAAUGUCACUCAAGUCUCUGCGGUAUCUGGUGGAUUUACACUGCUUCACCUUCAAGGAGUGGAUGUUGGAUGUUCUGUCCUAUAUAAGGUUUCUUGGACUGUUUUAACCAGAUUGUGCAGCUUAAGUACUCGUGAGUCCGACUUUGUGUUUGGCCUUCAAACAUCUGGUUUCCAAGCCGCAGGAGCUAAUUUGUGCGCGUACGGGAAACUCCUCUUAGAUUUCUGUUGGUUUUUUUUUUAAUGAUCAGAGAGAAGGAGAGUUUUCCUUUCACAUUUACAACAGGUAAGACGGGAGCAGAGUGACUUAUCGUCAGAAUUUGGAGAAUGUUACAUAAUUCAUAUAACCUUUCAGGGGAUUUUGCAUUCAUUGGCUUAACUCAGUGAUCUGUGGGAAAGUCAGGGCUGAUCUUUGAAGGUCUAAAGGCAGCUGUUCAAGUGCUGAUUGUCUCACGGCUGAGGUAGCAAAUAGUCCACUCUUCUUAUAUGAGACUCGAUUAUGUGCACUUCUUGUAUUUGAAUACGCUCUGCCUUGAUAUGUCCUUGUGUUUCUGAAGAUAAAAGUGGUCUGAAUAACCACCACGCCAGAGUGGCUUAGAUUAGUGUAAUUUACUGUGGACCACAGCAGUAACACAAGUAGUGUGGUUAAAAGAAAAACAGCCAUCAACCGCUGCCAAUUCAAAAGAACAUUCAUAAAUAAGACAAGCAUUUGGUUUCUUUGUCCUUCUUUGUGCUUCUACAAGUUUUAUGUAUAAAAUUUGUCUUCUUGUUGUGUUCCCCUAGCCAACAUACAACAUUAUUACUCUAUCUGCUUUAUUACAAAUACAGGAUUUAGUACUUUCAUAUAAACGAUAGACUUUAAAAUCGAGGGUUUUAAGCAGGCCAUUCAUGUGUAUUAUCCUGUACCGCUUUGCAAACAUCCUGGCAACCUAUCAAGAGACAGCAGGAAGGUAUUCAUGAGGUAUUUGCAUGCAUGAUCAGCUGGCGCUUGUAUGCUUAGCAUGCAAAUUUUUCCUCCCGAAUUAUUCCAGGAUAUGAUAGUGACAGCGUUCAGACACACACACUGCAUUGUGUGUUGUGUGACUACUGUCAUCAUAAUGUUAUGUGAGAUGGCAUGUAAUGUUGAAUUUUAAAAAGCUAGGCUGUCGACUCCUAGUCUUGUUUAAAGGGCAAACAUAUGCUCUGUCAUUUUAAGUCAAAUCAAAGAUGUUCCGCUUUGAAGACCCACCACUUGCUCUUUCAUGAUUUGAAUUCAAGGGGCCACCACUACCAUUUCUUGGAUGAGACAUGGUUUUUAGAUCCAGGUUAUCAUGCAAGAUAGGAUUAGGAGAAGAAGGUUGAUAAACUCUAAUUUUGACCCACCUCUAUUCAAGCACUGUGCAGGUACUACUAUACAUUUCUGAAUGAAUAAUAAGAGGUCUAAAUGAUGUGUCCUGUAGGCAUUGCCAGUUCUGGGGAUUUGAUUCCAGAGAUCACGCUAACCACCACUUACUGGUUCCACUCCCUGGUUUUGACCCUGAUUUCACACAAAAGCCUCACUGAACUGCAUUGUGGCCGCGUUUCUCUCAUCUGUCGGCAGUCCCAACCCUACUUUGGCCGGUGUCCCCCCCCUUACCCACUGCUUUUAUGUGCUGCCCCUCUAAUCCACAAUGGAAUGUCCCAUGCCCUAAAACAUCCCCUCUCUUGAGUCCACUUUUGUGUGUGCUAAUGUUUGAUAUCCAAAGAUCAUUCUGCCUUUUUGAAAUCAUCUUUUGCCAGCCCGCUAGGCAUAUGAUCAGAGUUUUGUUUAGAAGCUAUUGUGAAAUCCCCUCCAGGAAAAACUUUUUUUCUCCAAAGGGUAUUCUUCUCCAUGGGGUUACGCACAGCAGUGGUCUGUGUGGAGGCAGCCAGGCGUGCCCCGGCACUGAUUAAACACAAAUAGAGGAAACAGAAAAACCACAGAGCCUGACAGAGUUUCGUUUGAAUUUGGUUAUCUGUCUUGUUGCUGUCUCCCAAGGCUGUGCUUAUGAAAUUUAUCAAUGCAAAUUACUACGUAACACACACAAAAGAUAAUACUGAGAGCUGCUUUUUGAAAAUAAAGACAUCGUCAUAGAAAGUCGACAUUUAAGUGCAAAAACAGAAAAAUCUCAAAUAGAUAAUUAUUUAAAAAAUGAUUAAAAAAGGUCUUCCUGUCCACCAUUCAGAAAAUCAGUGAUGACAAACACACAAAGUGCCUUUUGUUGGAUGUAACUCUUUCUUUUUAAGCUGCAACAGGGAAAGUAUCAUGACUCUACUCGGGGUGGAAGAAAAAAUCGAUACAGCAUAGUAUCAUGAUAAUUUGUCUGGUGAUAUAUCGUAUCGUCUCAUUUACCAAGUAUCGAUUUCUCAAAUUAAUUACUAUUGUGAAGUCAAAUCUAUAAUAAUGGAAGAAUUAAAUCAACUGUUUGUCAGUGAGGUUUGCAGAGGUUACAUCAUAGAGCAGGAGAAAGUUAGUGCAUCAUAUAUAAGGUUUGCAAGAUGUGCUACAUCAAAAUAAAAUACAGCGUAAAUAAGACAAACGUAAAGGAAAGACAAAUGCUAAAUCAGCUAAACAGUUGAAAAAAAUUAUAAUUUACAAUAUAUAGUAUUGCAAAACUGACUGUAUUGCAAAAAGUUAUGAAUUGCAAUAAUAUCGUAUCGUGGCCCAAGUAUUGUGAUGAUUUCGUGUCAUGGGGCCGCUAGUGAUUCCUACUCCUAGACUUUCCUACCAAGUCUUUCUAGUUGAAUGCUGCCAAAUACUACUUACUGAACAUUUAAAGGAAUAAACAUGCGUUUUGUCUGGUUAAGUGUGGCACUGAACUUCAAAAAUAAAGACCAAAUACUUAAGUACCCAAAGAAAAAAACUAGGUGCUUUCAAUGUUAUUACUUCAGGUGAAAUAAGUAGGUUUAGUUGGGAAAGUUCAACAGCUAUGGAGAGAUUGUUACAUUGUUUUAUGGCCAAAAAAACUGAACUGCAAUCCUAUUCACCUUCCAGUUUUUAGGUUAGACCUCGAAAUAGCCAGCAGGCUCUGCUCACAAGACCUGAGGGGCUUGGCACUCCAGCAGAGGCUUAACAGCACUGAUGUAGGCCAUGGAUAGCUUCCACUUUGUAGUAGAUUUAUAUUCUUCAUGUUGCUCUGGCUGUCAAAGUUCUUAAUCAAACCUGUGCAGUGGUGUGUCAUUAUUGUUGUAUGACUCACCAGGCUCGAGCUACAUGCACAAAUGUAGACUGAUUGAAUGCUCGGUGUGAUAGUUAUGUAAAAAUGUCAUCAAGACCACAGACACCCAGAGUUAAAUCCCCACAGGUUUCUCACCUCAUUCAGCAGCAGAGGUGUUUCUGCAUAGCUGCAUGGAACAUAUGAGCUGUGACGCUCCAUUAUGAAACAGAAACCUGAAAGCACAGUAUGAACAACACACAUCUCACUGACCUCUGGAAAAGAAAACCCUAACCGUUACAAUAAAUAGACAGCAAAGAAGAGGAGGUGGGAGUGGGUUGAGCCCAAACUUAGCAUUGCUGUGUUGUUAACCACCAUUCAGGCAGAUGAGCCUCCACCUCUGCUCUUACCAAGCACAGCUGGCUUUAAUUCACCAAAUGUAGAUCGUAAGCCACCCGGGUUUAUUAGCCGUUUCAGCCUUUUCAACCCUCUUGAGUCACAGCUCAGCGUUGCUAAGCAGAUCAGCUUGUUUUCAUGUGUAACCAAAAAGCCACACAUGGCAUGAAAGUUUCUGAAAUGACCAUGUUCACAUUGUGUGUUCACUUUCUUGGGGGAUAAGUGAACCGAGACCACAAAAACCCCAGCCAACAUACGCCAAGGAUCCCUCCCAGUUAAUUUAGUCAGCGACACAGGCCUGAAAUUACACUGUAAUAAUGGGUUAGGGCAAUUUGUGUGAUGGUUGACAUUUGACUUAGUCUAUUAUUUAUGUAAAUAGAUUUUAAUUGCGUGGUGCUCCUGAUAAUCUUGCAUGUAAAGUUCACAAAUCUUGAAGGGCCAAUUACAUAGAUUGUUAACGCUAGCCAGGGCAGCGUGUUAAGAAAUGUGUGUACAUGGAGACUGACAGUACAGAUUCGACAACAUUUGAACAAACACCACAAAUCAGUCAGUUUUAAGCCAGACGAGAUGGCUAAUCCAAUGUGCACUGUCGUUUUUACGCUCUGAGAUCCGGUUGUUACAGAACUCACAUCCCCCUGUUGCCAGGUUACUAGCUGUAGGAAUAUACAGUGUGUAGCUGCACUUAUGUAACCAGUUUAAGGCCUAAGUGCAGCAGCAUUUCUGUGCACAGGGAGAUAUAUAGUUUUAUGUUUUUUAAAUGCAUGCAUUUUAUUAAACACUGUUGUAGGAUUACUCAUUGCAAUCUGAAGACUUCUUCUAAUUUAACAUCUAGUGUGUCUUACAUGACAAUAUGUCUGAGUUGUGAGAACACUCAGUUUGCAACCACAAAGCCAAAAGUAGCAUUUUAUUCUUGUCAUAUGUGAAGUGAAAAAAAAAAAAGUACCCUUUGUACACUUGUAAACGUGCACUUGCCUUGUCUGCAGGAUUUCACUCUGGAGUUUAUAGGUUGUCUUUAUUGGUGACUUUCUGCUCCUGUAAUCAAAGUAUCUUUACAUAAUUCUGCUGUAAACUCAUCAUGUGAGUACACUGACCUUAAGAUAGGCUUCUUUUUUUAAGUUUGAUCCAGACAAAUUGGCCUUUCCCACUGCAUGGGAUUCUUUUUUCAUUGAAUCCAAUAUGCAAACAUCACACUGAAGCUGUUUGCAACCAUGUGUGAAAAACUUCCCCUUACAUCAUUUAGGACAUCAGCAUUAAACAUCCAGGCAGAAUAAAUAAUAUAAGGUUAUGGAGGAGGGAUGUUUUCUUGUGCUGCCAUGAUGGAAUUAUAUUUGAAUGUUGUGUUUCUUUUGUCUCUCAGGUGAAGGAUUUUACCAAGUUUUUGGACCCCAGUGGUCUCGGAGUGAUCAGCUUUGAAGACUUUCACCGUGGGAUCUCUGCAAUCAGUAAUGGAGGUGAGUCAUCAGAUGCACUAUUUUUAUACUGUCUGUGUUUUCAAGGAUGUUUCACUCUUACACUCAAGACCAGCUGUUCAAUGUGAAACCCUUUUCUUACUGUUGUGUCCUCUUUCUGCAAACUCAACUUGACAGUUGUCAAAGAAAUGGAGGGAUUCUACAUGAAACCUCCCUCUGUAAAAAUAUCCCGGCAUAAAACAGUCUUGAUGUCAAAUAGAUUAUUAAUACAGAACAGUUUUUGGGUCAUAUUGAUUUAAAGGGUUGUGCAGAAUUAGUGAUACAGUAAUAUCAAAUAUUGUGAGAGUAAAUUUGUUUUCACAACAGCAUGCCAAAUGUUCCACCCCACACAUUGAUACAUGAAAUGGAUUAAAAAUGCCCUUUUCUUAAAUUCUUGUGAUCACAACCAACCACCACUUCUGUCCAAGUUCAGCAUGUGGCCUCUUGAGCCUUCAAAUGCUGUGAACAAGAGAGAGAGCAACAGCGGUCGAGUGACAUAGGGGGAAAGUUUAAAGAGCAACACCUCCUAAUAAAAAAAGGUGAUGAAAGACAGGAAUAAGGUGUCCACAGUUCAGCUCAAAUAUGCCAGAAGGAACAAAAAUGUAUCCUUUGUAAAUUCUAUGUUCAGUUUCCACUGUUAAUUUGUCUUCCCAUAGCUGUUUAUGUCUUUCCUUUGUUAUUUUGGCUAACCUACAUUUAACGUUGUUAUGCUAAAAAUAAAAAAAUAAAAGAUUGCAGCAACAACAAACUAAUUGCCUCUGCAGCAAAUUCUUGCACCUACAUCUAAUCCUGAGCAUCUGGCUCUAUCAGUGAGAAUUCCCCAUGGUGCCAAAUAUUGUUGUCAACACAGUAUGUUCAUACUUAUCGCCCAGCUGAGGUGAGGGACAGCCUGGAGACUGACCCACAUUCUCUGUAAGUGGACUCAAAAUGCUGCUGUUCUGUUUAUAACCAUUUUCCUGGCUCUCUGAUCCACUUUGAAAACCUGUUCAGUUUGAAGUGACACAUAUUCUGUGUCGCUCUGAAAAUGGGGACAUAGUGUGAAGGAUUUUACCUACAGUCAUGAGUGUACAUGAUGGAUACAACAAAAUUCUUAUCUUUAUGAAGAGUUUUAACUCCUAAGCAACUUUGACAGCAAAUGAUAGUCAUGUUGAUUUCCUGUACAGGUCAUAAUGGCAUCAUUACAUAGGCCAUAGUCCAUCCAGCCUAUUGAUCUGUAGUACUCUUUUCCUUUAGCCCGUGAGGUUGCGCAGCUUGGGUUACUCGCAGCAUUAAUAAGUCAUGCACUGGAAAGCAUGAGAUACACACAUGGGCUUACUGGCAAGGUUUCAGAGCGGGAGUGGCAGCGAGAUGAGGUUGAGCGGAGAGUCCUGUUCAUCUAAAUAAUUCACCGUCUUUUCUCUUAGCCACUGUUCUCUCUCUUUCUCCUUUGUUUCUUUGCUCCUUGUCAGUAGUUGGAAGCCAGAUUGAUAUGAACUGACAAUUUCUUAGAACAGAACAAAUGAGUUUUUUAAUGUAGCACUUCUGUGUCCUAGGUAUCUGUUCAUUUUAACCUAAGAUCACACAAAUCAAUAUGAUACUGUUGCUUUUUAACUGACCGUGUCAUGUUUUCAAGUGAAAAAUAUGUUUUAGAUUUCCAUUUAGCUACUAUGAUUUUUUAUAUUUUAUAUAUAUCUUACCAGAUAAAAUGUUAAAUACCUCACACAUAAUGAUGACGAAUAAUGACACAUUUCACAGUUUGGCUCUUUAUGUAUGUGGAGUGCAGCAAUACGGUUAAAAACACAGCAGACCACGCAUUAAGAGGUUCCAUUCACUCACAACUGCAGCUUAUUGUUGCUGGCUGCUUAUCUAUCUGGAACAUCUAUUGUGGUCACAGUUUGUGUUCAACUCGUCUCCUUGUCACUUACAUUGUAGUAGUUUGAUUGACCCUUUAUCAAUCUAUUGUUUUGCUUCAUGGUUACUAUUGUCACCAGGACUACAUUUUCUGUCUGCGUCCUGAUUGACAUGACAGUCCACUUGCAUGUGCGCAUGUUUUGCUGUCCUCAGUUGGAUAAACUCUUUUUAAUAUUUCCCAAUACACACGUUAGGUUAUAAUGAUGUCAUGACUCUCAAUCAUCAUCUUAUGUUUUUGUUCCUCUGUUUUCCUUCCUCUCUUAAGUAGUUUCUGUGGAAUGAAUCUGGGAAAUGAAUCAGAUAUUUCAGGCUGGGAGAAAGUUUCCCAUUAGAGUGUGAACAUCCAACCUCUGAUGUAACUUCCCCAGUUACUCACACAUUGCUGACAGAAUCCCACUCUGCUUGUAAAGCUGAAUAACAACUUUUUUUUUUUUUUGCAAAGAAACUAUUGACCUUUAGAUCAACUCCAUCCAUGUUAUGUUAUUUGUCACAGUUGCCACUACCUUUGCUGUAGACAUGCAAAACCUGCUACACCAGCUCCUGACAUGAUCCCAUAUAAGCUUUAUUGUACUCAACCUUCUUUCCCACUUAAUUUCAGCACUACUCGUAACUCCCUUUUUAAUAAAGACAGACCUGCAGGCCAUGGAAAUGCCUUCACCCCCUGUAGUUUCUUUGGCAUGUCUGGAACAACAAGAAAAUAUCAGCGUCCUCUAAUAUUUUGACAAUAGGCCAAAAGACUGCAGGUGUGUUGCUCAAACAGAAGCCAGCUUCUCCAAAGCCCCUUUGGGUGCAGACUCAUUUCUUUUGAACAGUCUGCAAUGUGUAUAAGUCACCAAGAACAGCGGGGUUAUGUAAGACCAGAGGGCACAAAAGCCCCCUGGUGUCUACUGGAGAGCACUGUUUGUGUUGUACUCUGAGUAGGGUGCUAGCCACAGCUCUGUUUACUAGAUACAGGAGCUGCAGUGGCUGAUGGGACUUGUUUGCACAUCUCAGGUUUCAUUGUAGGUGCUCUAAAAGCAGCCUGUGUUGACAAAUCUGACUGGGUCACUUCUUGUCCCUUUUUAUUGUUUUAUUUAGCUCACAACCUUAUGAAAGACAUUCUACUGCCCUUUAAAUCAACAUGUAAAAGUUACAUAAUGUUUACGGUCACAUCACACUCAGGUUGCUGACUAUAAAUAUACCAAAGUAGGGCAGGUAGGACAUGAGCUCUCAAAUGUGCUAAUGUGUUAAUGAGAGCAUGCAUUAUGGACAGAAACACAAGGUCAUCAAACACAUUCAACAUCAAUCUGGAAAUCUUUUUAUACCUUUAAAAGUUAAAAUCUUUAGAACACAAAAAUGUACUCAGAAUGCAAAAAACGUUUUAAAUUUGAUGAUCAUAUCCUGUAUAUUUUAUACCCAAACUUAAACCACUUUGACCCUCUGUUGCCAUAAAAAGAUAGUUUGUUUGCAUACAGACAUUCCCACUUUAUGCACACCAGCCUUUUGUUUGUUGAUCCUGCUCCACUGUUUGACUUUCCAGUGUUUAUUCUGCACACACUGAACCUGUCUUCUUCCUCAUAUAUCUGCAGGUCCGGAGCCACAGCUUUAUAAUGUAAACUACAGUCCAGGGGAUGGAGCUGUAGGCUGUCCAGAGGAGUAUGAUGAGGUGAGGUACAACACGAGAAGCUCAGACUUUCCCUCUGUGUGUGUGUGUGUGUGUGUGUGUGUGUGUGUGUGUGUGUGUGUGUGUGUGUGUGUGUGUGUGUGUGUGUGUGGUACGUUUCGAUAUUGUGGGGUCACAUUCUGAACUCAGUGUGCACUCUCACUCUUCCCUCUGUAAUUCACAAAGUGGCUCGCAGAUCUAUCAUUACCUCUCUGUGAACAUUCCACAGACUGAACCCCCUGGUUUGGCUGACACUAAAUAGCAUCUGGCAGGCUAUGCUUUUGAGUAUUCUUUGACAAAUAUUGAAUUAGCUGGAAUGCGCGCUGAGUUUUUUACAUCUGUGCGGACGUGUGUUUUUACAGUUGUGGUCAGCAUAUCCAAAAUUCCUGGGUCCUCUUGUGCGCAGAACUUGUAUAUUUAACCAUCAUUGUUGCUUGCUUCGCAAAAUUGAAGUGUUUCUGCUAUUGUGUGCACUUCUGGCGCUGCCUGACUGUGACUGUUGUUUUAGUGGCUGAGCGCGGUUUCAGCGCCCUCCUUUGGCAGGGUUCAGAAGUGCAGGCCCCUGUAUUAUACACUGAAGAGCCAAUGGAUUCCUCUUACCUGAUCUCAAAGGGCUCCGGUGCUGAUUGUAAAAUCAACCAUUCAGAUCAAGUCUUUUGUGAGAAAAGCAUAUAAAAACUGCAUUUUUGUGGGUUUUUGUUAAGAACAAUAUAUCCUGAAAUAAUAUGACAUGACAUUUCAACAUAAAAAUUUCAUUAACAGAUCAAAGACUCUUGUGUAAAGUCCGUGUAGCACCACAGAGUCAAGAAAUCAUAACUGGAUUUGCUACAAACAUUGAAAUGCACAUAAUAAAAUAAAUAUUAAAGCAGGGUUUCUGCUGGGUCUUAAAAAGUCUAAAAAUGUCUAAAAUCCAAAAAAUUAGAAUUAAAGGCCUUAAAAUGUCUAAAAUUCUCUUAAAACCUCAUAAAAUGUCUUAAACACAAAUUUAAAAGGUCUUAAAAGUUUAUUGAUGUUACUUACAAAGAAAGAUUGAUUUGAAGUUGGUUUAAAAUGUUGUGAUUUUCCUUUAUGACUUUUGUACUUUUUUUUGUUGGUAUGGAUAUAAAAUGGAUCUUAAAUUGUACUCAUUAUGGUCUGAAUAAAGUCUUUAAUUUGACCUUUUGAAACCUGCAGAAACCCUGUAAAGACUCUCUACUGUCUUGUAUCAGUACCUGAAAUUGCUGAAAUGAUUCAUCAAUCUCCAGGUUUUAACAGCUGUUUGAUCUUUAGAGUUACGCAAUCUUUUCAGAAAUGCUACUGAUGGAUUUAUUUUAGCAGAGCUGCUAUGACUCUGAGCAAACAACCUUUAAUAUCUGAUGAUUUAUGAAGUCUCUUUGCUGUUUACUGGAAGCCCUCUGCAAAGUUUUGGGGAAGUUUGUGUUUAUGUUUGAAGCACUCGCCACACCUGUGCCCAUGGCCUUGUUUUUUCCCCCUCCAGUUUCUGGCAGAAAAGGGUUCCUCUCUCUCAAUGGCUGCGCUGUUCUCGCCCUGUUUGCUCUCAAAACAGGGAAGGUGAGGUUGUUCAGCUGAGGCCUGGCAGAAGAGAAAAGUAACGCCCCAUCCGCCCCUUUUUUCCUUAACUAAAUGUUUUCUUCCGUUGCUUACUUCUACGUUUCCAUCUCAAACUUUGAUUAGAAAUAGAAACGCUUAUAAACAUUAAUACUUGAAUUUUGUUUUUUCAUAUUUAGAGCUGUAACAGUGUGUUAGCUUUCUUUUGGCACACUGUCAGUCAGUUAUGACAAGCUGUUGUGAUGUACAGCCCUCCUUCGCUGUCUGGUCUGCGACAUGUAGAACAUGGCUUAAUGAUUUAUUCAGUCCCUCUGUGCCAGGAAGUGAAGCUCCCAGGAGCCAGGAAAGAUUAAACAAUCCUUCAGCUGAUCGGUGUUGCUCUUUAACUCGAGCCUCUCUCGCAGAAUGCUGGGCGAUUGAUCAUUAUAGCUGUCUUCGGCUACUUUUUGGACUUUGUCUCCUCCCCUCUGACCACCCAGUGGAGCUGAACGAGGUGUCACAGUAUUUUCCAUUUUUUUGAACGCGCCCUCACACACUCCCUCUCAGAGAGUGAAGGAGAGGGAGCAUAAGUAUGAGUUAUCAGGAGGCUCUGAUGGAAGGCCAGUUACUCUGUGUGUGAGCUUUGGUGGAGAGAAUGGUUCUGGGCAUGGUGGAUAGCCCUCUGGGCCCUGCUCCUCCUGACGCUUCUUUUGUAAUGGUAUGUCAGCCCUUCAAACAUGACUCACCUGUCUCGCCUUCACUCUUGCUUCACAGCUCUGAUACCUGUUAACAUUUCUCUGGUUGCUAAUCACUUCAGAUGUUGUUUUUUGGCUGUGAGCUUUGUAAUCAGCGUUUUGUUUUUGUCACUUGGAAAGCCUUAAAGCUCGCUCCAUUUGAUUGAACUUGUUGCUAAGAGGUGUUGAUGCAGCAGGUUCUGGAAGAGCCAUCUGAAUCUCAGCAGUCUGUCUGUGGAGUCUGUUUGUGCUCUAUGAUUUGUUUGGUUGCUGGCAUUGUUGUUGUCAGUGCCUGCUGACUAGACUUGGGCAUUUUAGAAAGGCUGCUUAUUUCUUACAUUUAGAUUUGUUGUUUGCUUUUUGCAUCUAUGUAAUCCUGAUUUGAUGCCAUAUUUAAAAAUCUGUUUUUGUUUUUUUUAGCUAUUGAGUACUUUUGUCUGAGUUGUGAUGGUAACCCGGUGCUUUACUCUCAGAUUUUAUAUGCAGGGUUCCUACACAAGUAUGGAAAGUAUGGAAAAGUAUGAAAAGUAUGGAAAUAAAUUUGAUCAAUUUCCAGGUCUUAAAAAGUAUGGAAGAUGAAAAAUAAAGUAUGGAAAAAUAUAUAUGUUUCCAGAUUAUUACCAAAGUUCUCAAAUACUGUUUUCUAAAAUAGAAAAGUAGGUAUUUCCAAAAAUAAAUCUAAAAAUUAGUAGGGCUGGGACAAUAUGCUUUUCUCCCAGUUCGAUUUUUCUACGAUUUUUUGGAUGCCAAUUUGAUUUAAAUUCCGAUUCCAAGACAUUGUCAAUUUCCUCGAUUUUUAGUCUGCAUUUUUAACACCAGUGAAACCGUUGAAUGAUUAUGAUUGUCUACUGACUAUUCCAGGAACCAUAUUUCCCCAAAAAAUACACCUCACAUGUAAGUCAGUUUUUAAGAUUUGAUUCUAAAUUUGAAAAAAAAAAAAAUCUAUUUUUGAACAUAAAAAAUCGAUUUAAAAUUGUAAAAUAGAAAAUUGCAAUACUUAUGCAAAUUGAUUUUUUCUCCCAUCCUUAUAAAUUGGGAUAUGGAAAAGUAUGGAAAUUCCAAAUGCGUAGGAAUCCUGUAUAUGUUCUUAAGAGUUCUUAUUAUCAAAACCGGAACACUUUGUGAGUCCAGCAUCCAGAUUAGUUAGUCAUUCAUGUUCAGAUUAGAGUCUUUGUAUCUGUUUACUGCUUGGUAGCAAAUAUGUGAUAUGCUUAUCCUUGUUUUCUCUCUGUUCCUGCAGCACAAUGAGGUGACAGACAGUGCAUACCUGGGCUCUGAGAGCACGUACAGUGAGUGUGAGACCUUCACUGAUGAGGACACGGGGGCCCUCGUACCCCCUGAGAUGCACGAGGAUGUUGAGACGGACAGCGGCAUCGAGGCCACUCUGCAUGAUCCUGAAGACGGUGGAAAUAGGUUGGUAAAAUUUCAGCUUCAGCAACAAACGUAGUGUUGAUCACUCAUGUUUUCUAGCAACUUGAGCUUUUUGUUUGGCCCUGCGUCCCUAAAUAAUUCCCAGCAAUAAACGGUAAUCCACUUAUCAUGAGAACAUCUACGUCAUAAUGCUGCUAAAUUUACUUUAAAUGUGUGUCAAAUCCUCAGCCCAGGGUUCGUACUGGACUUGCCCCACACUAACCUUUCACACAGAUCACGUGCAUCUGAGUCUUGCAUACUCAGCGCUGGAUCACUUGGGUCUAUUUGGGUCACCAGACAGGCAUUAGACAGCCACCACUUGAUCAGGGCAGUGCUUUUAGUUCCCUAAUAUCUACCAGCAGGAUAAGAGCCAUGUUCAGUUUUUUUCCCUCUUUUUUUUUGUAUGUACUGGUUAAAUGUAGCUCCUCACGUAACUGCACACCAUUUUUAGUCAGCGGCAGCACUCCACAUAGUCUGCUGGGACACUGACUGUAAAUGUUUUCUGCUGAGCAGGAAAGCUCCUUCAGAGAUAACUUGAAAUGCACGCAGUAUGAGUGCCAGAGACCUUGAACACAGAAAGCACCUUCACCAUUCUUUGGCAAAGUUGUUUGAGUAGGUCAUCAUCUGUAUCGGCUGGAAAGAGACUGAGUUGUCACUUACUGACAGCGCCUUUUAUUGGGAACAGUAGGUUAACUAUUUGUGAUGCUUUUCCAUCUGAAAAGUUUGUUCCUUUUUCCUGGAAUUGUUGUGUUUAUACAUAGAUGUGUUGAACUGUUCGAUCAUGGUUGUAGCCCAAACAGUAAUGGUCCUGUUAUUGCGAAGAGUUUCUCAUACUGGCUCACAGCUGUGCGUGCACUACAUUCAAGUUUGUCUACCAGUGAAAAGCUGAACUCAUGGUAGAGUCUAGGGUUGGGUGAUAAACCAAAAAUUUACCGAUACCGGAAUUUAUGACAAUAACCGACGUCAUUUUGCCCAUGUCAAUACAUUAGGUGUCUAAAAAAUAAAUAAAUAAAAGUUGGUUUUGGAUGUGUAGGUAGGCUAUAGUCUCAUGUCCCUUUAAGACGCUGUCCCACAUCAGAGACGUGACUCUACCCCAUCCAGUCCGUACCAAAGAGAGAAAGACGGGUAAGGAGAUGGAGGACAGUUCAGAAGUUGUAGCAGCUGGAGCGGCGGCUGAAGUAGACAAAGUUAAUGUGGGAGGGGGUGAGCAGCUUGUGGAGUAGUUAUCGUCCAUUUAUCGUUAUCGAGGUGAACUGCCCAGUAUAUCGUGAUAUUUAUUGAUAUUUAUGGUAGAGUAAUGGAUUUAUGAUAUGUCCUUGUUGAAAAUCCGGGUUGAUGAUAUUCAACCUGUGUGCUGGGAUUGGCUUGAAUUACCCUCAGAUGUUCUCACCAUGGAUUGAGUGAAUGAGAGAAUCAAGAGGAGCAUAGAAUUUGUGUCUUUUUAAAUAAAAUGUUCUGUAUUAAAAUGAGUUGGCGUCGUUAUUGUAGCGGAUAAAGGAAAAACAUUAUUGGAAAGUAACUGGACACUAUUCAAUGAUUAUUCGAAUUAUCCACCCACUUUUGCAGCCUGUCUCUCUCUUUCUAUAUUUGAAGACCUAUGAUAUCCUAGUUUUACCAUGCAAGGUCAUUUUCCCAUCAGUGUUUAACAUAAACGUUACAUCUUCACAUAGUGAUCAGUAAGGACUAAGUUGAACAUUUAUAUAUUUAAAGGUGCUGGUCUUUCAUGAACAUAUAGUUUUUAUUGUGGAGUGUUUGAGAAGUUUGCCUUCUGAUUCAAGUUGCAUUCGUCCUCUUUUUUUUUACAUAAAAGGCCAGCUGCUGCUUUGUCUCCACAAAAACGUUCCUGUUGGGUAGUAUUUGAGGCAAACACAAGGGAGGAAGUGCAGAGAAGUGAGGCCUCUUUUGCUGACUGUGUGACCUGGCUGUCCGGCUCCAUGACGGAUUGGGGUGCUCUGCCUGACAUGGAUGUGUUUGGACUUCCCAUUCCAUGAUUGAGCCUUGAAUUCCAGGAAGCAUUGAGUCAGCACUUUUUUUUUGUUGUUGUUUUCCCUUUUUCCCUUUCCGUUGUAUGGGCUAAUCUGAUUCUCUCCACUUACUCAUACCAUCGUGCCACCAAAGCUGCUGCUGCUGACUGGGAAAAAGCUUUGACGCUUUAUGUAUGACUGUACAGACUUAAGAUUCUCUCAUUUCUGCCUGUUUACCAAAAAUCGAACACUCAUCACUUGUUCCUCCUCCUCCUCCGCAGUAGCGCUUCUGACUUAUCAGAGACCUUUCCAUGCCCGUCAAAAGCCUGUCAGUUAGUUGGUGCGGAUAAGCAAAACAUCUGCUCGUAUAAAAAAAUAAAUAAAGCGUUUAAGGGAUUAACCCAGUCAGAAACUAUUACAGUGAAUCAACACUGACUUUGAGCAACGGCAACAAAAAGGUCAGUAAGUAAUCAGAGAUUUUGAAGUGCUGCCUGGUUAGCCUUGCUAGCUCUGGCCCUGUUUAGGGUAGCAGUAUAUGCACUGGACUAGGGAUUAAGAAUUUAACAGGAUUAGCCUCCCCCGCCCUCUUCUAUCCUACCCAUGUCCCCACACACAUUUGGCCUUCAGAUGGUCAGCAGUACUGUCUGUUGGCUGUUGCUUAGCUUAAAAUCUGAUUAACCCACUCACAGUCAACCCUCUUUGGUUCGACGACAAGUCAGCCGAGUGGCACAGAUGAGGGAAUAUCAGUCAUGUGGAGUUGAAGAUUAGCAGCUUGUUAGAGCAGCAAGUUUUCCGAGUAUUGUUUCUUUCUCCCAACCGGAGGGUCCUUUUUUUUUCCUUUGCAAAGUGGUGUAACCUGUGAAACUUCAGGAUUCCACUCUGGUUGUCCGGGGUUUUGACUCCAGUUGCUCCACGGCUUUCACGCCAGGGCAGUGGAGGGCGUUUAAAGAUGCGAUCUCUCUCUUCGCCAUCCCUCUGCGUUAGGGAUCUCAGCAUGGGGCCAAACAAUAAGGGGUGAGUGACACAGAAGUUGACAGUGCUUCUUUCGACCCAGUGUUGUGGAAGUUUUGCUCCUGAAACUACAUUUUUGUCAGGUUUAAAGAAGUAGAAAUUGAAAUUAGAGUCAUGAUAAGAUCUAGAUCUUCACAUCUUUUCAAAGCUGUGGUGAUGUUUGGGUUUUGAAUUGACAGAGAUCUUAAUGGGAUCUAUGAUGGUGUGCUGAGAAAGCAAACUUUUCUGCUGAUUUGGACAUCCUCCUCCUGUGUGCGCUCAAGAAUAUCCAACACUUCCUUUCGGACGACAGGAAAGACUGGCUUUCCAGCUUUCCUGGUAGCCACAGAUCAUUCACUUUAGCCCUUGUAACUCUGUCUAAUUCACAUCAAAGACUUCCAGAUCCAGAUCAGGUUUUGUCCACUUUUCUAAGAUUAUCAGUCUUAAAUGUUUGGGCCAUAUAGAGAUAUAGGAAAGUUCCUCUCACAGGUCUCGAAUGAUUCUUUCUAACAAUGGUGUUAUAUGCUGAGUGUGAACAGAAGCAACCUUUGGGAUUAAUGACAUUGAACAGAUUAACUUUGGCAAGAAGUGAUCUUCCAACUUGUCCAGAUUGCAGCUAUUUGGGUAGAUUAAUUGUGCCUGUUGGGGAUUUACAAAAGACUAGUUUCCUGGGUACAACACACGCAAUCUGUCGCCAGCUUUUUUCUUUUCUUACGCACGGUUGUAAAGAUACUCCUGCUUAAAUUCUGGGCAGGUUUAUUUUCUUUACAUAAAGAGAAUUUACGUAAACUCAGGUUGUGGUGUCUUAAAUGUAGAUUUGUGUGGCUGUUUAUUCCAAGCUAAAGUCCAUUUUUAUCCAACCUAAACCUGGCGCCUUCCUCUAUUUUUGCUCCAGACCUUAAAUUAACUACACUGUUGUUGUUUACACAAGUAAGCUCAUACAAACACUAACACACUAAUCCAUUCUUACAUGACCCACAGGUUUUCCCUGAACUCGGAGCUCCACAACCACUCACUGGUGACCGUCAUCGGCGGAGAGGAGGAGCACUUUGAAGACUUUGGGGAGAGCAACACAUCUGAGUUGCUGCUAGAGAGCAGCGUGGAGGGGACGGAGAGGGAGGCUGACUCCUCGCUGGAGCAGCCAUCCGAGAAGGUCAAUGGCUCCUCACUGCUGUCUCCGAGGUACGAACAAGUCUUCACCCACACGACUAAACCAAAAAGUUGCAUAACAUAAAUAAGGGCGGCCUAAGUUAUUCAACUGUGCAAAUGACAUCUCAAAUUGCUGUCAUCAUUCUAGUUAUCUGUCCCUCCUGAUAAGAGGUGUGACACUGUUAAUCUCUCAGCUGUAUUUUACUACUUUAAAGCCUUCAGAGAAAAUAUUUCUGUUUCAAGAAAGACUCUGAGGACAAACUUUGAUAAGAAAUAUCUGGCGACGUCCUUCCUGCCCUUAUCUGCCUUUUGUUCCUGUGAAGGCCGAGAUACAUAAUAUGAAUACAAAGUUCAUUCCAUCAGACUUACGCUCUCUGUUACUAAGUUAACAAAAAUGUGUUUUUUUCUUGAGUUUAAUUCUUUUCUAAAAUGGUUACAUUAGUGGUUUAAAUUGUUUUAAUCUGUACUGAGAUCUGAAAACUGGUAUUUGUUGCCAAGGGAGGGACAGAAAACCGAUCAUUUACUGCACUGAAGUCAUCUUAGGGAGUAUCUCAAGCUCUGCCCCCAGCAUGCUGUUGUAUAAUACAGACUGACUGUAGCCAUGUGAGGUGUCAAACACAAGGAUACAGUUACACUGAAACACAUUCCCCAUAGUAGCAUUUCUUUGUGUUUAUUGUCGCCUUUUCCUAGUCAUGUUUGUCCCCCUCUUUCCUCUGUGUUUUUAUCAGAGACACAUUGUUGGAUAAUGCAACAUUCCCAGUAGGAACAAAGCUAACUGUAAUUAUUCAUAUCGCAGUGAUAAUACUGAAAAAGUUAGUCAAACUGGAGGGGCUUUAAUUGUUAAAAUUAGAGGUGUCCUGAUACGGUAUUUAUGUUGGUUAUUGGUCUGAUAUUAGCAAAAAAAUGAAUAUCGGAUUAUAUCAGCCUGCAUCUUAAAUCUCUGAUAUCAGCACUCCGAUACAAGCUGUCCAUUCCAGACUCCUCUCCGGCACCUCGAUCCAGCAUGCAGAGUCCAUGUAAUCACAACAACAGUGUGUACUAAGGUACUAACAAAGUAGCAAGGAGUAGGAGUGAUGUCGGCCUUGUGGCAGUAUUUUUUGUUUCAGGCCAAAAAAAGACGUUGCAGCUGAGUGAAAAACUUGUCAUGCAUAAUUUUGUGCCAAUAUCGGAUCAAUAUCAGUAUCAGUCAAUAUUGAAGGCAACAAUAUGGGUAUUGUAUUUGAAGUGAAAAAGUUGUACCAGGACACCCCUAAGUAAAAUAGAUUUGAUGCUUUUCGGUUUAUGAUGAUUUUUUUUAGCUAUAUAAAGAAGCUUAAGAUACUCAAAAGUAAUGCAGUCUGUUAUUGUGGCAUUGAGGUAAUAGAAACCUGAAAAUUAAAGCACUGAGGGGUCAAACAAAUACACAUUACUGAAAAUGUUUCCUUUGUUAUUAGGUCUUCAUGAUUCGGGGAGGGCUUUGAUACCUUUUUUCCACAGAUAGAGCAAGGGACCAACAGAAUCAGUUGUAGCCCCUAGUGAACGGGCCAAAUGAUUUAACGGUUAUUAAACCUUGUGUAUUGCUGGUUUGUUUGAUUGUGCAAUAUGCCUGGAGUCACCCUCUGGAGGGAAACUCCAGGCAUAUUGGUUGCAGGUAGUGGGUCAGUAGCCAAUACCAAUCAAAGUUACAGUAGUAUGAGCUGAGCUGCUGCACUGCAAACCUGACGUGGUAAAAACAGACGCUACCUGAAAGAAAGAGCUUCACAAGGAGUGCUUGUUUUGGACUGUGCAGAAAGUAAUGGAAGUCGUCAUGCAGGAAGACAGUUUGAACCCUUUCCUUCCUCGACUAACGACUUUGUCAUAUACAUGCUGGUGUGACAUGUUACCAUAGCGAUGCCUCCUCAAAUAUCACUGAAAUAAUGAACUGGUCAAAUACAGUCAGUACAUUAAGUGCAGUAACAGUAUGUAUGCAUGUGAUAGCAUGGUGUACAAGUUGUGCACUGAGAAAAACACAAAGAAAAAAAUAACCACAUCCCACAUAUCUCACCCACUCAGUGAGAAUGCGUCACUGUGUUUUCGAGCCAGUCCCGCUCAUCACCGGCUCAUGUAUCAGUGCUGCCUACACACACACACCCACACAUUUAUCUUUUUUACAUAUCACAGCACUUUGACUACAUGUACGAACAGUUGGGUCGACUCUUUUGUACGAGAAACACACACAUAUACCCCGCUGUAGGCAUUGUUUAACAGAGCUGUCCUUCACACCCCUCUGAGGAAAAGGGCUUAAUAGUACGACAGCGCUUAUGACCAUCAAGUGACACUUGCUCAAAGUCUGCCAGGCCACGUUUCUGCCUACAUAAACAAGAACGUUUGCCAGCUGGUUGCAUAAUUCAGACCUGACUGGCUGGCUGAAUGAACAAUCAGCUAGCAGAGGUGAAGUGAGGAGAGGGUGCAGACUCGAACAAUGAAGUAAUAAGCUGUGUGUUUCAUUUAUUUGCUCCACAGCUUACCGUGUUUUGAUGAAUGAAGCUAAAUUGUGACCUUUCUGUAGGUUUUCUAAGCCUCAGAACACACAUUCUUUCUCCUUUCUGUCCUUACACUAGCUCAGAAUCACACCGCAGUCUGUUUCAAAUCCUUCCCACUCGAGCCCUCACACUUUCUUUCCUCAGAUUCUCCUGUAAAAUUCACUAACACGCCACUUUCACCCUCCGAGGUGAGCUAUCUCACCCUCAGUGCACCCCUUCUUCUCAAUCACUCACCACUUCCUCCUCCUUUUUCCUCUCCUGUUUUUUUCCCUUCUUCUCUCCAGCGCACCCGCUCCUCUCCCUGACUGCUUUCAGAGCUUCCUCAGGGAGGAGGCGCUGGACUUUUUCUGUAGCCAGUGUCACAAACAAAUAAGUCGUCUCGAAGACCUCUCCACCCGCCUCAAUUUCCUAGAGAUGACUAGGUAACACGUCAUUCACCACCCACCCCCGACUCUCAGCUGUGUGAACAUGUUUGCAGUGAUUAGAGUCAGUAUCAUGCAUGUACUCAUAAUGUAUGCAUGACACUGUGGCCGAGCAACACUGUGGUGUGUAUUGUGUGAUAAACUGAGCUUUAACUCAUAUUACUGAGUAUUUUUUUUUGUUUAUUUUAGGUGUGUUUUAACCCAUCUUUUUCCACCCUAGUUUUUGUGCAAGUAUUUAAGAAUUUUAAGCCUUUACUGUUUUAAAAAAAAAAAAAUUCUACAGUAUGAUUUGUUUAUAAAACGGUCUUAUUCUUCUCCUCUCUAUCAGAGCUUUAAGCAGAAUCAUGAAUCACAAAUAAAUCAUUAAAAACAUUUUCCUCAUUGGCAGAAAAAAAUAAGAAUAUAGAUUGCGAAUGUUAAAUUAACUGAAAAAGGUUGCAGAAAUAUGAAAUCUCUAAAUCUCACAGGUAAGUGUUUGAUUCAUAUUGACACGCCAUCAUGCCAUUACCUUCAUGCUUCAUUUGAGUUUUGAGGAAUGACUGACCGCUGGUAGAGAAGAGGAACCAUUCAAAGAACCCGCUUUUAUCAGAAAAGACCUGCUGAUCCAGGAUUACUGAGCAGUAGCUGCAUUACAGAAACCUAGUUAUACUUGAACCCUACUUAACGGCUCAAUUUUGGAUUUAACUGUGAUGAAUCAAAACACCAAUUCCAAAUAAGUCUUGAUGCUCUGUAAAAUGUUCAUGAAGAAAGAUUUUGAUGGUUUGCAAGAAAUUGAAACCCUUUUUUAUUGAAACUUGAGAAAAAGCAACAUAUCAAAUGUGAAAUCUAAUUGAUUCUGUGUGGAAAAAUAUAUACUUUUUAAAAUUUUGACUGUUGUGUUGCAUUACCUCUAUUUCUAACAACACUCUGUAAAUGUUUGGGAACCACAGAAACCAGUUUCUGAAGGGAAAUAUUGUCCUUGGCUUGCCUGUUCGAAGGUUUUUAGUGGCUUGACAGUUUAGGAUCUCUUGCUGUGCUUCUUGUUUCAUGCUAUGCCAAUAGUUUAGCAUCUGACUUCUACUACAGAGCAUUACUUUUGUAAUGUGUGCAGAAUGUGUUUGGCACUUUCUUGCUGAAAGUGGCAUUGUUAGGACAUCAGCAUCCAAAACCUCUUUAUAUCGUUAUAAUGACUCAUUAAUGAUGCCUUCCCAGAUGUGUAAGCUACCCAUGCAAUGGGUGCCUUUGCAUAUAUUAUCACAGAUGCUGGCUUUUCAACUGUGUGGAGUUUGGUCCCAAAGCCAUGAUUUUCAAAACAAAUGCCAAAUUUCUAGACUAUGAAGUAUAAAAUUUUGAUUUUUAAUGUGUGGUCUUUGCAUUUAUUUCAAUUAAAUAUAAAGUUUUAGAGAUUUUCAAACCACCAAAAUAAAUGGUUUUUUUUUACAGUGUCCUAAACUUUUUGGAAUUGGGGUUGUGAUAUGUUCAAAAGACUACAAAUCUGUCUGUGGUGUUCCAUGUUUCUCCAUUAAGUGAAACAGAUCCUUGAUCAGCACUUGUUCGAGACUCAAUAGGCUGCUGUGUUUGUGUUAGACUGCUGUGAUGUGUGACUUUGUUAGUACAAAACCACCUUAUCAAGCUCUGGUAACUACUAUCAGAAAGAGGGGGUUUGUGUGGGUCAGACAAAUACCAGGAGAUGAUGUCUUUCUGCUAUCCCUUCUCUCUUCCUGACCAUUUUUCCUGUUGUUUUGUUCCCUCAUUCAGUGCUGGUAAGAGGCUGUCCAGCAAGAAAGUAGCAAGGUAAGCAGAAAAUCGUCGUUUAGUUUGAGCAUGAAAGAGUUUCUAUUCCUGGUAUCAGUUUGUUACAAACCAUCAAACUGCACAGUUGGGGUAAAUUCUCUCCUUCCAUGUGCAGACAUCUCCUCCAGAACAGCUCCAUGACUCUGGACACGAUGAGUGACUUGACGAGAGACAUCCUGGAGCUCGCUGACAACGACAUCACAGACAAGGUGAGAACUCAUCUGCCAGGAAGUAAACUAAAUCUUUUACACAUUAGUACCCGGAAGCUGUGAGGAAUUCCCUGUCGUACCUGGUUAAUUUCAUGACAGUUAGAUCUAACAUUAAGUAACCUUACAUUCUUUCCAGGUGCUCCUCCUUGAGCGUCGAGUGGCUGAGCUGGAAAAGGAGUCGGAGGCGUCGGGGGAGCAGCAUGGGAGGCUACGCCAGGAGAACCUUCAGCUGGUGCACCGGGCAAACGCUCUGGAGGAACAGCUGAAGGAGCAGGAGCUCCACGCUGACGAGCAAAUGCAGCAGGAGACCCGGCGUCACAAAGAGGCGCUGGUCAAACUGGAGCGAGAGAGGGGACUGGAGGUGGAAAACAUACAGGCCAGGUGAUUAGAUAAAAAAAUUAGUUAAACACUUCAAUGUCCAACAUUUAGUUUUAUUCUAUCAUGGAGUCACAUUUAUCUGUGUAGUCUUUUUGGAGAGUAAGAACUGCUAAUCACUAAAAACAAGAUACAUAUUUUCAUUAAACUUGUUUGAUGAGUCUUUAGUUUGUACUUUCUGGUGUAUUGGUAUUGGAUUUUAAAUGAUCUGUUUAUUGCAAAGCCAGUGUUUAACAUGUUGUUUACUGAGAAACCUCUGGCUCUACACUGCCACCCUGUGGUCCUAAAUAAGCACUGCACAUAAGCUAUUUUCCAUGGUAAAACACUGAACUAACACUGAACUUCGUGUAUUUGUUUCUCAGGCUGCAGCAAAUGGAUGAGGAGAACAGUGAGCUGAGGUCAUGUGUUCCCUGUCUGCGUGCGAACAUCGAGAGACUAGAAGAGGUGAAGCUAAACGUCUCACACAGUCUCCUUGUUUUUUCUGUCGCCCGUUUGAAUCAACACGCUCACUGUCUGUUUUGGUUUGAUUUUGCAGGAGAAGAGGAAGUUGCAGGACGAGACAUGUGUCAUGUCUGACAGGCUGCAAGAUGAGACGGAGUCCCGCCAAAAAAUGGCCGACAAAUUGAGCCAUGAGCGCCACCAGAACCAGAAAGAGAAGGAGAGCACGCAGGAGGUGAGGCCGGUUUCACUGUAUACAAAACAAACAGGACUCUGUGUUCAAAAUGUUACAAUCAGGGUGAAGUUCCACAACACUUUCCUGUGGCAAAUGUUCCUGUCUGCGUUUUACUGACUCUGGAUUUACUAACCCUCAGCUCAUUGAGGACUUGCGUAAACAGCUUGAGCAUCUCCAGCUCUACAAGCUGGAGGCUGAGGCGAAAAGAGGGCGCACGCCAGGCGCUGGUCUACAGGAAUAUCAGACCCGCACCCGUGAAGCUGAGUUGGAGCAGGAGAUCAAACGACUGAAACAGGUAAAACCUACAUUCGAAAAUGUAUUUCAGCUCUUUUUCUCUUAUGCCGUCACUCUGCUUUUCGGACCCUGUGUAACUUUCAAUGGGACCUUUCCAGGACAACCGCAGCCUGAAGGAGCAGAACGACGAGUUGAACGGCCAGAUCAUCAACCUGAGCAUCCAGGGAGCAAAGAACUUGAUGUCGGCCUCAUUCUCCGAUUCCCUGGCAGCUGAGAUCAGCUCCGUGUCCCGUGCAGAGGUACUCGAACAGAAACGAUUACACACCACAUUGGUUAUUCUGUCACCUCCCUCUCCUCCACUAACUCAUUUUUCUUUGUCCUCAGCUGAUGGAGGCUGUUCACAAACAGGAAGAAAUCAAUUACAGGCUCCAGGACUACAUCGACAAAAUCAUUGUGGCCAUCAUGGAGUCCAACCCCUCCAUCCUUGAGGUUAAAUAG